UUAUGCAUACAUUAUUUAAAUAGUAGCCAAAAUAUUCCACCUACCAUGUAACACAAAGAAGCCACUCAUGACCUCACUGAAAAGGUCAACGCAACAGAUUUUUCUUGAUUUGUCACUUUUUGUGUAUGUGUAAUACAACUCCCAUCCGCUGGGGGCAGACGUGACAGCAAGCACUCUUGACGUGAGCAGCAGCAUUUCCUCCCGUUAUGGACGUACCGGUUUGAUGGUAGGAGAAACUGAUACAGGAGCGGACACUAUGAACGGCCAUAAGCUUAUACAGUCGUGUAGCCAGAUUUAGAGCUUACCGCAGAUCAGCUGUGAGACAAACUGCUGUGAGAGGACGACCAGAAACUGCAACCAACCACGAGACUUUAAAAAAAUGUCUGAACCCCUAACGUCAGCGUCUGGCGGUCCAAAGCGACAAAACUUCUGCGAGAUCUCAACACUGGAUGGAGACGUUAAAGAGAAGCUACGCGUAGUCUCCGAGCAGCCAGAGAAGGUCCACGCCGUUCCCAUCCACCAACGCCCCGACCUGCUCGUUCCCUGCGCAGACCUCGUCAACUGUGAGUGGCAGAGGAGCCAGGCCGCCCGGGUUCACUCUCUCCAAAAGUCCUGCUCGGAGUUUCCCGUCAACCUGGUCCUCCUGCGGGGCCGCGGGGAGACAGAGAGGCUACUCGGCCACGCCAGGCUGUCCCGGGUCGUGGGUCACAGCGGCAGCCUUUUUGUCGAGUCAGUGGUUGUGUCCAAGGCGGAGCGAGGCAAGGGCUACGGCCGCACUCUGAUGGAGAAGACCGAACGUUACGCCAGAAGUCGAGGGUUCAAGCGUCUCUGUCUCACCACCCACGAUAAGCAGCACUUCUACGCCCACCUUGGCUAUGUGCUGUCGACACCAGUGCAGAACGCGGGGGCCAUGACGGCGUUCAUUCCCAUGGAGACGCUUCUGAGGUUCUCCCGAAUGCCGAGUGAGGACACGAGCGUGCAGACGCAAACAAAGAUGCACGCUCAAGGGGACGGAGACUCGGGAGGUGGUUGUGCUGUAGGGUCACCUCCAUCCUUUAGUUUACCUCUUCCUCCUCCUUCAUCCAUCCCUACUCCCCCUCCACCACCUCCUCCUCCUCCCACUAUCCCUUGUCCUCCCCCUCCCCCUCCUCCUCCUCAGUCUACAGGGCAGUGUGCAGUUCAGACUCUGACUGAAACUCCGUACAGAGAUGCCAAAGGACUUCCCAUCUACUGGAUGCACAAGGACGUUUGAUGAUCAGAUACAGACCAAAAGACAGAAAUAAGCACAAAGUCACAAAACACAAACACACAUGUACACAGACACACAUAUAUUGGAAGAAGUGUGACAUAGAAAGAACCGUGCUAACAAACCAAAGAAGUAAAUACUCAAACUCAACACUUUUACUUUUUCCAUGUCACAGUUUGCAGAAGUAUUUCCCAACACCUGUGAACAGACGCUGCGUGUGAACCCAGCUGCAUGUGUAUCUGUACGUCUGCAUCACUGCACUGAGUAAAAGAGAAAUGAUGAUGACCUCUAUGAACAUAAGGACCCAGCAAUAAACUGGGGAUAAACAUUAAUGCUUCAGUUUCACUCAAGAAUGUACUUUUUUUUAAUUGUAGUGACUGAUGUUUGAGCCUAGCUGUGCACAGUGUAGCCUGUAUGAUACACAGACGGGAUCUGCAGCAGCAGAAUUAAACUCAUUGGUUCAGUUUGCUGUGUUUACUUGAAAAGAGCUUUAAUAAUUGUAAUUGUUACAACCAGUACAGCUGAGCAAAGUAUAAACGUGAUUCCUCUGCUCCCAGCUCCCAACGAGGGACCGUGCCACAGCAGAACUUACAGCCCAGGGUGUUUUUUUCUGGCAGUUAAGCAAAUUAACUGCAGGCAGGAGCGCACACUCCCUGCAGAUUAUGACCUGGGUUAUAUUGUAAUAAAUAUUACAUAUUUUCCUUGUUGUGUUUUUUUAUGUGUUUUGUAAUCCGGGUUUUGAGGUUUGAUUGAAACAAGAAUAAAUUAAAGAUCAUCAUUUCCAUAUAAA